AUGACAUCAUUACCAAACUGCUCCCUAAUAUGGGAUAGUUUUGUUAUUGUCAAAUAUACAGGACUGUGUGAUUUAGUCCAAAUGGAGGAAACUAGUCAAACCAGUUAUGUCAGUCUUUACGUGUCUAUUGCCCUCUCAGUUCUGGGGGCAUUUUUCAAUCUCUGGGCUCUAAUGCUUCUCCUUUUGGAUUAUCGCAGUUCUCCGGUUAAAAAGAAUCAUUCAAACUCACAGCGUAAAACAUGCAACCUUGGUGUUUCCAAAAGUUCACACAGUGGUUCCCGGCGUACAACAAUGCAAGUUGGUCUUAUAAUCUUCUGUCUUUUUGAAGUUCUUUAUCACUCUGCAUAUAGCAGUGGUGAAUCUCUAAGUCUUUACGUCAAUAUUCAAAUUAACAAUAAAAAUCUUCCCAAACCAGCAGCAAAUGGAAGUCUUACGUAUAUUUUCUCAGUACUUCCCAUAUUACAAAGUUUAGCGAAUUGGAUUCGUGAUACAGGAAUAUGUGGAAGAAACUGGGCGAUUACUCUGAUAACAAUUGCCCGGGCACAGGCUGUUAUUUGGCCACUGGGUUCCAGAUGUUAUCAACGAUUUUUGAGAGAAAAAAGAUAUUUUCUACUUGUAUUUGGGCUUUUUGCAUUUACCGGUCUUAUUAUAUCAGGAUUACGGCGAUGUGAUCAAAAACUCGAUGUCUGCUAUUCCAAAAAGCUGGAAUCUUAUUGUACAUCAUUUGAAGUACUACUUAUUUCCGAUUUAAAGCAAUUCUCUGCCAUUUACUUUUCCUUUCAAACUCUUCUUCCGUGGUUGCUUAUUCUUAUCUUUACAAUGCUUAUCAUCUUUCAACUGAAACCAUGCAAAAAGCAGGCGGAAAAUUCUAUCCUGCGUCCGAAGAACAAAACCGGUGGAAGGGACAAUAAUCUUCGGGCUUCAAUUGCAGUUACGGUUAUAGCGGUGUUUUGUACAAUAUUUGAGUUUCCGACGUUUGCUGUAUGCAUGUAUUAUAUUGCUGGAAAUCCACAUGUUAGUCUUGAUAUAUGGGAUACCCUAGCAAACACUCUUCUGCAAAUUGAUUCGAUAGCGAAUUUCUUCCUUCUGAUUAUUACCAUGCCUUCAUUACGUUCGCGCUUGCGAAGUACCUUUCCAACUAAGAGACCACCAGAAGAACAUAGCAUUCAAGAGCCCCGGACGGUAAUUGUUGAUGAAGAAUUGGAGUCAAAGGAGAGAUGUUGA